UCUCUCCUCACAAAUCAAUAUUCUCUCUCUCUCUCUCUUUUUCUUGAAUUUUCGAAGAUCAGACAAGAAGAUGGCUCAAGAAGAAGUACAGAAAUCAGCUGAUGUCGCUGCUCCUACGGUGACGGAGAAACCUAUUACCGAUAAGGAGGUUACGGUUCCUACCCCUGUGGCUGAGAAAGAGGAAGUGGCUGCUCCUGUCUCUGAUGAGAAGGCGGUGCCGGAGAAGGAGUCCCCGGCGGCGGAAGCGGAGAAAUCUGUUCCGGUGAAGGAGGAAGAGACAGUUGUUGUAGCUGAGAAGGUAGUUGUUUUAACGGCUGAGGAAGUUCAGAAGAAAGCACUUGAGGAGUUUAAGGAGCUUGUGAGGGAGGCUUUGAACAAACGUGAAUUCACUGCUCCGGUGACGCCGGUGAAGGAAGAGAAACCAGAGGAGAAGAAACCGGAGGAGGAAACUAAAGCGGAAGAGAAAACAGAGGAAAAGAAAGAAGAGACAACGACUGAGGUUAAGGUUGAAGAAGAAAAACCGGCGGUUCCAGCGGCGGAGGAGAAAUCAUCAGAGGCUGCUCCGGUUGAGACCAAAUCGGAGGAGAAACCUGAAGAGAAAGCAGAGGUAACCACCGAGAAAGCAUCUACUACUGCUGAGGAAGAUGGAACCAAGACUGUUGAAGCAAUAGAAGAAUCAAUCGUCUCUGUUUCACCACCAGAAUCCGCCGUAGCACCAGUCGUGGUAGAGACUGUCGCCGUCGCUGAGGCAGAGCCAGUUGAGCCGGAAGAAGUCUCGAUCUGGGGAGUUCCACUACUCCAAGACGAGAGAUCUGACGUGAUCCUCACGAAAUUCCUCCGUGCAAGAGACUUCAAGGUCAAAGAAGCUUUAACGAUGCUUAAAAACACCGUCCAGUGGCGUAAAGAAAACAAAAUCGACGAGCUCGUCGAAGCUGCCGGAGAAGAAGCGAGCGAGUUCGAGAAGAUGGUGUUUGCUCACGGUGUUGACAAGGAAGGACACGUCGUGAUCUACAGCUCCUACGGUGAGUUCCAGAACAAAGAACUUUUCUCCGACAAGGAGAAGCUUAACAAGUUCCUCAACUGGAGGAUUCAGCUACAAGAGAAGUGUGUGAGAGCUAUUGAUUUCAGCAACCCCGAAGCUAAAUCUUCGUUCGUAUUCGUCAGCGACUUCAGGAACGCUCCAGGACUCGGGAAAAGAGCCUUGUGGCAAUUCAUCAGACGCGCUGUUAAACAAUUCGAGGACAAUUACCCCGAAUUCGCCGCAAAAGAGUUAUUCAUCAAUGUCCCAUGGUGGUACAUUCCUUACUACAAAACAUUCGGAUCUAUCAUCACAUCGCCAAGGACUAGGAGCAAGAUGGUCCUUGCUGGUCCAUCCAAAUCUGCCGAUACUAUUUUCAAAUACAUAGCUCCUGAACAAGUCCCGGUUAAAUACGGUGGACUUAGCAAAGAUACUCCUUUGACCCAAGAAACCAUAACCGAAGCCAUCGUUAAACCGGCAGCCAACUACACCAUUGAAUUGCCUGCUUCUGAGGCUUGCACGCUUUCAUGGGAGCUUAGGGUUUUGGGUGCUGACGUGAGCUACGGAGCUCAGUUUGAGCCAACCACCGAGGGAAGCUAUGCUGUGAUCGUCUCUAAAACCAGGAAGAUUGGAUCAACCGAUGAACCGGUGAUAACCGAUUCUUUUAAGGUGGGUGAACCGGGAAAGAUUGUGAUCACAAUUGAUAACCAGACUUCCAAGAAGAAGAAAGUGCUCUACAGGUUCAAAACUCAACCAAGGUCUGAUCUUUGAAAUCCAAAUCCAAGGAAGAAGCAAAAGAAUGUUAUUUUGUUUUUUGGGGGAAACAAAUUUUAAUUAAUUAA